CUGGAAGCGUUGUACUUACUUCCUGGUUUCACUUUUGGGGAGCAAGCAAAUUUGUCAUAUUUCGCUAAAAUUAGUUCCAAAUAUUUUAAAUAUUUCAUUGGAACUUUGCACAGACCUAAUACAUAUCAACCGGAGCAUGUUUAUAAUCGCUUGAAAACAGUAAUGUGACGAAGAGUGCCCCGUCACAUGAUUGCUACCAGGUGAAGGACAGCUGCAUCAAACCCCCUUAUCUCACUUUAACAUUACACCAGUGUACAAACACCACAUACACCUCUCUUAUACAUUAGACAUUUGAUCUGGCAAAAUGACUCCGGAAUCAAACUGGGGUCUGAUCAUGAAUGUCGUGAACAGCAUCGUGGGUGUUAGUGUCUUGACGAUGCCCUUCUGCUUCAAACAGUGUGGAAUUGUGUUGGGCACCUUAUUAUUGUUCUUUUGUUCGUGGAUGACCCACAAGUCCUGCAUGUUCCUGGUCCAUUCGGCUAGUAAUACAAAACGCAGGACAUACGCUGGACUGGCAUUUCAUGCUUAUGGAAAACCAGGCAAGGCACUUGUGGAAUUAAGCAUGAUUGGCCUGAUGCUUGGGACGUGUAUUGCUUUCUAUGUCGUCAUUGCCGGUCUUGGAUCCAAUUUUUUUGCCCAGUUGCUUGGCCUACAGGUCACAUUUACCGUUCGCGUUGUGCUCCUGAUCGCGGUGUCGCUGUUCAUCGUUCUCCCCCUCAGCCUCCAGAGGAACAUGAUGUCAUCCAUCCAAUCCUUCUCAGCCAUGGCUCUCAUGUUCUACACCCUCUUCAUGUUCACGAUUGUGCUGUCCUCCUUCAAACAUGGCCUCCUCACUGGCCAGUGGCUGAACAGGGUCAUUUACGUUCGCUGGGACGGCGUCUUUCGCUGCAUCCCUAUCUGUGCCAUGGCCUUUGCCUGUCAGUCGCAAGUGUUACCCACUUAUGACAGCCUGGAUGAGCCCUCAGUGAAGAGGAUGAGUACAAUAUUCACCUCCUCACUUAAUGUGGUCACGACCUUCUACAUUACAGUGGGCUUCUUUGGUUAUGUGAGCUUCACAGAAGUCAUAGAGGGGAAUGUGCUGAUGAACUUCCCAUCCAACCUGGUGACGGAGAUAAUCCGUGUGGGCUUCAUGAUGUCUGUUGCCGUGGGCUUUCCCAUGAUGAUUUUACCCUGCAGGCAGGCCAUCAACACUAUGCUAUUCGAGCAGCAGCAGAAAGAUGGCACCUUUGCGGCAGGAGGCUACAUGCCACCCCUCCGGUUCAAGUGCAUCACUCUCUCCAUCGUCUUUGGCACCAUGAUGGUCGGUAUCCUCAUUCCUAAUGUGGAAACCAUCUUGGGUCUGACCGGAGCGACCAUGGGCAGUCUGAUCUGCUUCAUCUGUCCAGCUCUCAUCUACAAGAAGAUCAUGAAGAAUGCCUGGACUGCACAGCUGGUUCUGUGGGUCGGCCUUGGCAUCCUCCUCAUCAGCACCUUCACCACACUCUCCAUUUCCUCCAAUGAGCCGCAAAAAUCGAAAGGCCCUAUGGUUAGCCCACCCAAGGAGGAACAACUCUCCAUCCUUGUCCCUCCUGAGCUGCCUGUAGGAGAAAAGAAUCUUGAACUCGAUGCGAUGGAGAAGCCAGGCCUGCUCAAGCCCCCAAUAGAGGUUGAGGAACCGAAAGAGAAAGUACCAGCAGAACCCCCUCAAAUUAAAGUUCCUUUGAAAGAAGAUGAGCUGAAGAUAAAGGAAGAGGUUCAACUGGACCGUCCUGGAGCAGGUGUUGCUGUCCCAGAUGGAGAAGCCCACCGUCACGAGCCGCCCAUCCCACACGACAGAGUUAAGGUAGAUGCGAGCAAAAACCAAGAGGAGCUGAACGAAGAGAAGAAACAACCUGUUAUUGAUGGAGCAGAGGAAGAGCUUCUUGCUGAACAGGGGGCAGGACAAGCGCAAGAGGCGGAGCAAGAAUCUAUUAAAGAGGAGGAGCCAAAGAAACAAGAAGUUGCAAAGAAGGUUGUUGAUGAGGACCAGCAUGCAGUCAAUGAGGUUUUGGACAAGCCCGAGAAACCAGAGGAUCAAAAAAAUGUUGACCCGGUGGUGGUGGUCCGUAAAGAAGCAGAGAACCUGCCUGUUGUUAAAGAACACAGAGAGAACGAAGCUCCCGCAGAGAAGAAACCAGAAGAACCUGAACCUCAACCUGAGAAAUCGAAAGAGCAUGUUGCUGUGCAAGAGCACAAAGAUGAGAAGGUUCCAGAUGGAAAAGAUGAAGGGGCGAAGGAUGGAGAUGGAGAUAAUAUGGAAGUGAUUAAAAAGAUUGUCGCAGAAGGUCAGCUGGACCAUGCCGUUCUGCUCCAGGUUAUUAAAGAGCAGCAAAAACAGCAGAAGAGACUUCUGGACCAGCAGGAAAAACUCCUAGCUGUGAUAGAAGAACAACACAAGGAGAUCCACCAAAUCAAAGAUGGAGAAGAAGAACCUAAUGCAGAACAGCAGAAAAGGCACGUGGGCCAGGAGGAGAAUGACGCAGCUGUGGUUGAGGAGCACAUGGAGGUCAAUCCGAUAAAGGAGGAGGUUGAACUAAAAGCAGCAGCAGGGGAGGGUGCGGGUGAGGUUGUGCAGAAUCAGCCGGAUGUAUUGGAGGAGAUGGCAAAGCCCAAAGAUGCUGUCAUUGCUCCAGACCAAAUGCAAGCCCAGGGAGAGCCGGUGCACGAUGCCGCAGCUGAGGCAGUGGAUCCGGUCGUUGGCCUUUCCCAAAACGGCAUUGAGUCAGUGCAAGAGGGUGGUGGUUUAGCUUCUAAGCAGGAGGAGCUUCCACCGAAACACGAUGCAGCUCCAGUGGAUAGGGAACUUGGUGCCCGCGGCGUCCCGCUACGCCAGCGUGAUCCAGACCAACCCAGAGUCAACCCUGACGCUUUAGCAGAAGAAGAGGAGAGAGUGCAACAGAAGUUAGUCCAGCUUGAAGCAGAAAAGGAGAGGAUUGAGAAAGAAAGACUGGAGCAGGGGAGGAUUGAGAAGGAGGUGCAGGCUCGUGUCGAUAGAGAACGCAAGGAGAGGGAGAGACGGGAGCAGCUGGCACGAGAGCAGGAGCUUGAACUUGUGCGGCAGGAAAAGGAACGGCUGGAGAGGGAAAGGCUUGAAGCUGAGAGGCAAAAACAAGAGAGGGAGAAGACCGAAAAGGAGAUAAUGGAGCGAGCCGAAAAGGAAAAACGGGUACUCGAGCAUCAGGAACGGUUAGACCAGCUACAGCAGGUCAUUGAUGCAAAAAAAGCAGCGGAGAAGAACGACGCCUCUAAAGAGGAACAUCCACCUGAGCCAAAGAAAAACGGAGGCAGGGACUUGAAGGAGAAUGUAGUCCCACAGGCGGAAGAUAAGGUUAAAGUAGAGAAGAGGAGCAGAGAGGAUGGAGGGAUGGAUCUUAGGAGGAGGCGCAGGGAAGUGAACUCUCAGGGUGGUGGAUUGGACCCUCUGCUGGAUUUGGGAGGUUCAGACUUGCAUGCUGCCCUGGAGGGACGGCUGAUGGCUGGGGUUCAGGUGCACACGCGCCAACUCAAACAGACGUUUCAGAGUCAGGAGGAUGAAGACUAGAAUUCCAUAUUGAAGAUCUUGCAGGUGUGUCCUGCACAGUUUUAUGGGUGACCGGGUACCUGGUCUGACCUGGCCCUUCUGAUGUACAUUCAGUUAGGUAGGAAGUUUCUGUGAGAACAUCUGAUACCUUGCCUUUUAUUUUAAAACUAGAUGCCUUUAUCUGAGUCACAACAUUCCUUUCUGAAUUAUGGCUCAUGGUGAAAGAGAGCGUUGUGCUUUGAUCCGCCAGUGUUCCGCAGGGAAUGAUGAAUUAAGAGGACUUUGUGGGCUUCUGUUAUUGUAUUGUAUGGUUUUGCUGAUUCUGGUGCAAUAAACUGAAUGUCUGGUUUAAUAAACUGAGCGAAAUAACAGUAAAACGUUUUAAAAAUGAGCCUGAUGAGCACACAGGGCAUUUUACAUAUUGUGUUUUGGACCCUUGCAAAUUAUGACAAAAAUGUCAAGCGCAUCCUCUAGUGGGUGAUUAGGUUAUUGCAGUUUUCUGUGUCAACCUAAAAAUAGAGGUUCAAUUAAUAGAAGAUAUAAUUCUGGUAGUUUGGUACUUUAAAUGUCAAAUUUUGUCAGAUACUUAACUAUUCUGUACAAUGAACAUGGGGUGAAAAUGUUACCUUCUGUUUUAUAUGGCAACAUCUUAAGGAUGUGAAAAAAUCGCUCAACUUGGAAGUGUACUUUUGCUUUAAAGUAUUAAAGAAUCUUUAGAGACAACUAUUAAAAAAUAUGUUCAUGUGGAGAAAAUAGUCAUUAAAUGUGUAAUAUUAUUUUCUGUUUAUUGAUAUUACAUUGUGUUGGAUACUAUUUCUUAUUCAACCAAAGCCCUUUUGUAAAAAUUAUAUAAAUGUCUAAUUUAAAUAUAAAUCUAAUUUGAGUGUAUGCGUUCUCUCUUCUAAAUGAGUCCUUAGUUGUAGGAAAUUGUCCGUUUUCCCUCGAAAUCAGUUGUUCAACCAGUUGUGAUUGAGCGUCAAAGAAUUUCUGAUGCUAAAUGUUUCAUUUUGUUUAUGGAAGCUGUGUUUGUUGUUAGCUGGGUGAAUUUACUUUUGUGUUUAGUUUAUAUGUGUAUAUAAAGUAUUUCUAAGUCUCUUUACAUUUUAAAAUUGGACCCAUUUUGUAUAUUCAUUGUUUAAUGCUGAACAUAUCAAGAAUCCUUAUUUUCGGUGUACAGGACUAUGCUGUUCUACAUUCCAUGUUUUCUUAUGAAUAUUUCAUUCUGUUCAGGAGUUUUGUGUUUUUUAAUGCUGCAGUAAUGAGUAUGUGAGGUCUGUUACACCCACUCUGUGUGUUGGUAUGUCUUUCUUUUUCCGAACUAUUAUAUCUUUUCAAUAUUCAAGAGUUUUAUGAUUUUUGAGGGGAUCAUUUGUAUUUAAAAAUUAAAAAUAUGGUAUGAGGUCAUAAGGGGUUCAUACAACACGAGUUUUGGUUGGUAAUAGGGUUUAUUGAAAAGCAUUUGUCGAAAAGUUGUAUUCAAGUUUAACUGUAUUCGAUCAGAUUGCAGAGAAUAACCAAAAUCUUAAAGAAUUGUUUUGUCUAAACAUGCCUAUUUUUCUCAGUUUAAAAUUCAAAUUUUGAUAUUUUAAUUUGGUUAAAUUAAUAAAGUUAUUUAUAUGAACGUU